CCAAUAGUUAACAUUGUUUUAUCAAUUUGUUAUUUUGAAAAUUAUCACUCUUUCAAGUUCAUAAAAAGUUCCGCCUGUCCAGUAGAUAGCUUGCCUAAUAAGUGAAGAGGAGAUAUGGACAUCUUCAAAUAUAAACGCUUCUCUGGCGAGCCAUGUGAUAUAGAGAAGACGUUUGAAACAUUGCUUGAAAAUGAAGAUAUUGUGCUACUACACGUACCGUCCCACAUCCAGAAGCAACUGUCCUGUGUCUUAGGAAAAGAAAUAUUCAUAGACAAGCCAUGGAAAACAAUCUCAAAAAAUGCCGUCUUGGAAGAGAUUUUGGACUACGGGGAAGAGUCCAUUUUCAAUUCGUACAAAAACCAACUGAAGAAUCUGAAAGAUCCAGAGGUUCUGGUCGGCUAUGAUACUCGCAAUCUUGAUGAUGAGAAUUUUUUUGUAUGCAUCACGAACACAGGGAGAAAUAAAAUAAUCGAAGAGUUGAAACUUUUACAUGAAAACCACAUGAAAUUCAUUGAAAAGGCAAAUGGCAUGGAUGCCAAACCGUGGGUAGAUUUGGGAAGCUCCGCUGAAAUUGGGAUAGACAUCGCUUACAAUAAUAGACCCUUAAUCAGUUUUGAAUACCUCGGAAUGAAGCAUUGCCGUUUUGUAUCACCCAAUUUUGUAAAUGUAGAUGCUGGAACUUCGCCACAUAACUAUGCUUUUAUAAAAAAUACUAGAACGACUUUUGAACAAAUCCCGACAUUUUGUUCAAAUAAAUGUAUUCAGACUAUAACUGAAUGUAAGGAUUCAUUUGCUCAAACGAUACCAGAAAUACCAAUGAACGCAUCGACUCAAUUCAACCCUGAAAUAGAAGCCAAAGAAAAGGAAGAGAAAUUAAACGAGCCCAUCACUACUAUUGCGUUAACUGAUUCGUUUAAAAAGGGCUGUAAAAAACUCAUGGAUGCAUUGACGUACAAUGCUGAAUAUGAUCUGUACAAGAAUGACUACGAAGAAUUAGCCAAAUGCGGCCAAUUAUUACAGAUUUAUCCAUUCCUCGAGUACAAACAUUUUGUGAUGUUUGCCGACAUCACAGGUGAUCGGAACAAAUAUGUCACUGACACAUCUUGGCAUCCAAAAUAUUCAGGAAUCGUUGCAGUUUCUUAUGGGAAUGAAGUGCUCUGUGAAUCAAUAUAUUUAGAAUCAAACUCGGACGAUUCUGACUUUGAAUAUAAACCAGUCGCUCCUAGAUCAUUUGAACCGAAAGUAGAAAAAAAGAAACUAAUCGGUGAGAUAGUUCAUGCUCAAUCUUGGAUGAAAAGUGUUCUGAAUUACCGUAAAUACAGAAAACGAAAGGAAGAUGACAGUAUGAACAAAUUGGCGAUCCAUUCGUUGCGCUGUUUGAAACAUUCAAAAGAUUUGCGGCUGUUGAUUAUAAAAAUGGAGGUUGAACAUGAAAAUUCGAUACCCGAACUUGACGAUUUAGAAUUUGACGAAGAUUUUCAUUAUACAAAAUUUGUUGAAGGCAAUCCGACCCCUGAGGAAAUAAUUGCAAGGGUGAAAGCCCAAGCACGUAGUAACAAACAUGUUGAUGUCAAUCCUAAUACAAAAACAAGAUUUGAUGAGUCAAUAAAGAAAUACAAGUAUCUCGAGAAGUUUCCUCCGACCCCAGAGCAGAUGAAAACCUUUAACACCAUUUGGGAUGGUAAAUUCUGGAAAUUCGGAGAGGGAAUCAAAGAAGAAGCCCUCAUAUAUCACAAGAGACACAUAGCAAAAGCUGAAAAGCAGAUAGGGAAAGUAAUACUCGCUCCCAGAAAUAAGUCUUUUUUCCCAUUUUUUAGAAGAAAAGGAAAGACAGAAAAGCAUGUUGAAACGAAAACCAUUCGAAAAUCGCAAUCCUUUUCUGGCGCUUCAUCUGCCACAAAUCGAACACGAAUACAACAUUCUUCAACCAUUAAGAAGUUAAAAUCAAUUUCACAACCUUCAAUAAGAGACCAAGAAUCUAGGUCAGAUCAAUCUGGUGCAGUAAGGAAAAAGAAAAAGAAAAAAGACAUAUACAGAGAAAUCACUGACGAUGAGGAUGAUGAGAAGAAAAAUGCUGUCAAUUUCUUAAGCUCAGAACACCCGAUCCUGAUUUGGUGGCUUGCAAAUGAUCUAAAAGCGAUUCUACAUCUUGACUGCCCACAAGAAGUUCACAGUAUUAAUUUCUGCCCUCAUAACGGAGACAUAAUUAUAGGAGGGACGAUAACAGGACAGCUUGUUCUAUGGGAUUUGCAAGGUAAACUUCCACCGACUACCACAUCAAUUUUAAGGGACACUGGGGAAAAAACAACAUAUAGAGUUUUGAAAAGGAAAAUGUCAUGGUUCAAAGAUUUGCAAGUACCAAAAUGGAUAAAGUAUGCUGCCAUCACCUCAUUGUCAGAUUCGCAUCGUUCUAAAGUUAUUAACAUUGAAUGGCUCCCGCCUAAUUACGAGUUCAACAAUGGUGCUUUUUCACCCCUUAAAGAAGACCAGAAUUAUUCAUCACAGAUAAUAUCCACUUCUUUGGAUGGAGAAAUCAAAUUUUGGGAUUUGAACAUUACACCAAGGGCGAAAGGUACGACAAGAUACAUCGAAAGAUUGGUCGGCAUACGGAAUCAAUUCCAUAAACCUGCAGCUCUGACAAAAGACAAAUCAGUAUUGGCUGAAUUCAACAAGAGAUGGCCAUCCAAAUAUUCAAUCUUAUGUAAUUCACCGAAUAAUUUACCACUACAAAUAACAAGUAUCCAGUUUGAACCGAGGCGGUUACAGUUUGAAAGAGUCACACCACCGAAUCCUCACGGGAAAGACAAAAUGGGGGAUAUAAUAGAGUAUAAACUCAAGCUAAAUUACGAAGAAGAGACAACCAUUUCUCAAAACGCUUUUGUUGGAACGAUGACCGGAUCAGUAGGCUUUGCAGAAUGGAAAGGAAAAGGUGUCAUGGGAGAAAUAGAUAAAUCUCCAGAAGUAACUAUUGUCAAGACGUUUGCUGCAAUUCAUGACGGACCGAUCACUGGAGUUGCUCGACAUCCUUUCAUCGAUAACAUCGCGAUAUCAACCGGAGGCCACAUAUAUGCUAUCUGGAACACAAGAGAUAUGACUUGGCCGAUUAUGUGGAAAAGGUAUUACGGUUUGACCGUGAGCUGUUGCUCUUGGUCACCGCUGAGACCGAGCUUGUAUAGAAUCGGUCGGUCAGACGGAUUCGUUGAAAUCUGGGAUCUCAUACUCCAAAGUCACGAACCGAAAAUUUUAAUUCCAGCUUCUGGAGAAAGAAUCAUUUGUUUUUCCUCAGCACUGCUCAAAUUACCCAAAGGUCUGCUUGGUAUUCUUGACAGCAAGGCCUCAUUUAUUCUACUUUACAUUCCAUGGUUCUACCAACUUUGGAAGAAAUCCGAGCUGGACAAACUCAAUGAAAUAAUACUGAGAGAACCUCCAAGACGAGAAGCCCUGCUGAAGUGGGCCGAGACCUGGAGAAGUAUGCACGUAUCAAGAUUCGCUCAAAGAGAAACGACCGACUCUAAAGCAAAAGUCACAACUAAGAAGAAAGUCGCCGGAAUUUCAUAUGGUGAAGAUGAAAAGAAGGAUUGCAAGAAAUAUUACCAAGAAUUAUAUAAAUGGUAUCUUAGAAGGCGUCGAAGAACUCCGCCUUGGGUUGUCGCCAUGGAACAAAAAAGGCAGACUCAAGAACAAGACCACGUUGUCAAUACAAUUUUAGCAAACAAAUGUGUUAAUCUAGAGACGUUAAGAGAACAGAUGCUACCAUUGGUCAGGAAGGACACUCGACUUAAAAUCAAAGAAGAAAAAGUUCUCGAGAUGUUAGGAGAAGCUGACAAAAUAUUCCAAACUGCUGCUAAAGAAAUAUUCGUCGAUCCUGAACAUUCGAAAAAAGCUUCACAAAUAUCAUUACGUAUCGGCCAAGAGGAAGCAUUCGAUGUGACAGAUACUCUCAAUGAAAUUGAACUAUAUUUCGGUCCCAACGGGAGAGAAAUGGAAAAGGAAUACGAUGAGGCGAUUUCUGUUAAAAUAGACCUAGAUGAUAAAUUGCCAUUCACAGAGCUUGUUGAAAAAUGCAAACCGAGCCGCGAAGUGUUCAAUGAUAGAAGAAGGUGGAGGGAUCCUAGAAACAGGUGGCUGAGGGAGAUAGUAAAGAAUGAAUUAGAAGCAAAUGGCCUUUCAUUUCGACAAUGGGAGAACCAUAAAUCAAAAUAUACGAUAAAGAAAUACAAGAAGAGAGUGGCCAAUUUGAAACAGUUGAGAGGUGUUUAUGGCCAGCAGUAUGAUCCUCUAUGGGAUUUUGACUUUCGUCCAACCAAUGAGAAUGAACGCAUAUUUGAACCCAUUGAAAAUAGUGAAGAGGAACGUGAAGAUUUGCCAUUUAUAGGAGGAAAGUCUUAUACAUUUGCUAAAUUCGAAGUUAAUGAAAGUUGUUCUCUUGACCUCGACUUUCUCUCAGAAAUAGAAAAUAUUAAUAAAAUGUUCGCUAAGGAGCAUGCUAUACAAUUUGAAAAGAAAAAGAAAAAAAAGAAAAGGAUAAAAGGUUUGUCAUUGUACAAAAAAUUAGGAGAAAGUGUGUCUGCGUCGUUCAUGAGCCACAUUUCGAGCAAUUUAAGAAUUUCGUCUUCUGAAACGAUAAAAGGAUCUGUUAUAUCUCAUGUAACAAAAGGGACAGAAGACAGUGUCAUUCAGUUGAUGUCGGAUGCAGACAUUGUGAGUGAAGAAGUGCCAGUUGAGGAUGAGGUGGACAUGGAAGAAGAAGGAGAAGAAGAAGGACAGAUAGAGAAAGAAAAUAAGUAUGAAGCCUGGCAACGAAGGAUGCAAGAAAAGUCUGUAAAAGAUAUUAAAACAGUAAGACGGAUAAUAGCAGGCAAAGGUUCGAAAAUAUCAAUUCCAGAGGUAGAAGAAGGAGACGACGAUGAAUAUGAUUUUAUGGAUUAUAGUGAUUUAAGCUCUCAAGAUGAAAUUAUUUACUCAGGAGAGUCUAUACCUUCGCCUGGUUCGUCUCCUCCGAGUAUACCUGAAGACGAUUGGAAAGCGACUCUAAAUACAAAAAUAGAAGUUGACAAAGACCAACCUUUUGUCGAACAUUUUGAAGGGCCACCACCUGGGAGGCACAUAGCGCAGGUGAUCCGGAGACCGCUCCCGAUGAUAAAGGAAGCACCCCAAGACACUUAUGUCAUGGACGAAAGUGCAUUACCGGAGCAUGUCCAGGAAAUUAUUGAAGAACCUGUUCCAAAGCCCAAGAAGCCGAGGAAAUUAAAACCAGAUACUAAAAAAUCAAAAAAGCACCAGAAACACCGUGCAACCGUAGAACAAAUCAUAUCGGAUGUCGAAGAAGAACCGAGAUUGGAUGAGGAAGAUCAAAUGUAUUUUGGAGAACAGAUUGAUGAGGAGGAAGAAGAAAGGCCGUCUGCAUUAUUAAAAUUUGGAAGUAAUUUAUGGGGAUCCGAAGAACACGAAGAAUUGUUAGUCGAUGAAGAUACAUUUGAGGAAGAGGAUCAUAUAAAACAAAUUGAUUAACAUUAAAAAUAUGUUGACAUUAUUACUUUUGACUUUAAGUUAUUGUUUAUAUAUUAAAUAACUUAAUAUUAUAUAUUAGCUCUCUCCGAUCAUCCUGGCCUACCUUUUCCCAUCAGUUUACAGGAAUUUGUAAACUUCAGGGCAGACCAGGAUGAUUAGUUAGAUGUUAGGUUAAUGUUAGGUAGACACUAAAUCUUAGGUAGAAGAUUAGUUAGACUAGCAGCCAUCACUCCCGAAAAAUUUUAAUUAUUGCACAACAGAACAACACUGUAUGCACAUUCUUUGAAAUUGAAAUUGAAUGCAAGUACGACUGCAUUCAAGAUAAGUAUAUAAAAUAUACUGUUCUUUAUACUUACUUUGUAUAAUUAGAUUUUUAUUAUUUUCCAUGGUACAUUGAGUUUAUGCAUGUUGCGAUUGAUUGUAAAGCAAGUUAAUAACAACAUAAAACCUUUUACACAAACAA